AUCCAUGAGUUGAGCCAGACAACACCAUGUCAACGCCCUUCAAGUGCUGUGAGGUUUUCUAUUGGAGAAGCAGCUUCUGCCUCUCUUCAUACUGUACUUUCAUUGUCUUUCUUUUAUAGAGGAGACGGAAUGCAAUUCGUCCAAAAUUAGAAGUACCAGUACGGCGCUCCGGACAUCUCCGGCCCAAGUCAAGCACUGGUUACAAGUUGACUACACAGAUCUAGCACAGUGUUGCCAACUCCUCAGUAAGGAAAGUAGCUAUUGGCUGUCCUUUUUUGAAAAUGUGUCGCUAGAUGGGUCUGAAUACUCGCUAAAUAUAGCGAUUCUAGCAUCAGCUUUAUCCAUCUCGAUAGACMAGACUGACCGGAAGCUCACCGCCCCCCGGAAGCUCACCGCCCGUUCACUGUGGACAUGUUGCCAUAGUAACGCAGGUGACAAUAACAUGUCUGCAAAAGCGAAACAAAGCAACAAGUCAGCGGAUAAAAAUGCAAACGACAGAAAUGACGCUGCGUCCAAAGACAAUGAUGCUGAAAAAGCCAACCCUCAAUGGAAACUUAUUUCCCAUGAACAAAUCAACACGCUGUUGGAUUUGACAGUGGAACAAGUGCAACUCCAGUUUGAAGWAAUACUUGGUUUGAAGAACUACCAGACAUGUCUGAAGGAGGCAGCCCUGUUGGACUACUUUGUCUCUGGCUUCUGGUGGGCCAGGGAGAUGAACUACACCUGUCAACAGAUCUCAUUCAUCAUGGCUCUACUGCAAUUGUUACUGGACAAUAUCAGGG